AUGGGAGCUGAGAAUUACACCAUCAGCAGAGAAUUCAUCCUGCUUGGGCUCACUAGCCAUCCCAAAACCCGGCUGUUACUUUUUGUGACUGUUCUCCUUAUCUACUUGCUUACCAUAUUUGGAAACACCCUGAUCAUCAUAUUGGUUUGGGUUGAUUCUCAACUGCAUACCCCCUUGUACUUCUUUCUCAGCCAUCUUGCUGGCAUGGAAAUUGGGUAUGUUACUAGCACAUUGCCACAGAUGUUGAGUCACCUUUUGAAUGGAAAUGGGGUCAUCUCCUUAGUGCGUUGCAUUCUGCAGGGUUACAUGACUCUGGCUAUGGGUAGUACUGAGUGUUUGCUAUUAGGAGCCAUGGCUUACGAUCGCUACUUGGCCAUUUGCCAUCCAUUGGUAUAUGCAUUAGCCAUGGACAGGUUGCGCCAACUCUUGCUUGCUACAUUCUGUUGGACCGUUGGUUUUGUGUUCUCUGCAAUUUAUGUCCUCUGCACCUUUUGCCAUCCCUUUUGUGCGGUUGUCAUCAACCACUUCAUCUGUGAACCACCUGUUGUGCUAAAACUUGCAUGUGGUGACACAAGAAUCACCAAAAUAAUUGGUUUUGGUCUUUCAACUUACAUUGUUCUUGUUCCCCUUUUUGUUAUCCUGACUUCCUAUGGGUACAUUUUGAAUUCUGUAUUGCACAUGCGGUCAACAGGAUGGCACAAAGCAUUCUCCACCUGUGGUUCCCACCUUGCUGUGUACAUAACAGUAACCUUGCUCUAUGGCACUAUUAUCUCUAUGUACAUUGUCCCCCAGUCAGACUCCACCCCUGAUCGUGACAAGAAAAUUGCCGUCUUUUAUCUUAUAAUCAUUCCCCUUCUUAACCCCAUUAUUUAUACUCUAAGGAACAAAGACAUCCACUUGGCAGCAUUCAAAAUGUUGAAAAGACUUUGA